GUACUAUGUCUCAAGGGAUGAAUAAACAGUGGGAAAGGAGAAGGGAGGAAAUAUCUUACAGUGACAGUGCCACAGAGUAUGUUGUGUCAUGAAACUACAGCGAGAGCACAAGUGAUCUGAAAUCUGUUCAUAAACUUUAUGGAAGAUCUUCAGUUCAGAUUUCAAGCAUGUGUUUAUUUUGCAUCUGUCUUUCAAGCUAUGUCAUGUGGUAUCCAUUACUUAGCGUCUGUGUUCAUGGCUGUUACUCCUAAGUUUGUAUGUGGGGUCCCUGGAAAUGUGAGUAGUGUUCUUUUCUACAACUCCUCUGAAUCAAGCAUAGAAGACAUCUGGACACUAUGGACAUCACCAGAAAACUACAUUGUAGUCCAGCUGGAAAAUAGAGAAGUUUGGGAACUUAACCAAUGCAGCAGGUCCAAACGAGAAGUAAGUUUGGAUCUGGCAUAUGAAUACAAAGGCAACAAGUCCACAUUUUCUUGUUCUAAUGGAUAUCUCUAUGAUGAUACAAAGUGGAAGAGCACUGUUGUGACACAGUGGGAUCUGGUCUGUGACCGAGAAUGGCUUGCAAAAUUAAUCCAGCCUACAUUCAUGCUUGGAGUCUUGAUUGGAGCAGUGAUUUUUGGUGACAUUGCUGACAGACUGGGAAGACGGCGUGUUAUAUGGUUCACAAGUGCUGGUCAGUUUGUAUUUGGCAUCGCAGUGGCCUUCACAUUUGACUACUACAGUUUUGUGAUUGUGCGCUUUCUCCUUGCUAUGGUUUCAAGUGGUUAUCUGGUUGUGGCUUUUGUUUAUGUGACUGAAUUUGUUGGCAUUAAAGCACGAACCUGGGCUUCUAUGCAUGUCCAUGCUUUUUUUGCUAUUGGAAUUAUGAUUGUGGCACUCGUGGGAUUUUUGGUUCGGACCUGGUGGGUCUAUCAGAUAUUUCUCUCCAUAGCAACUCUUCCCUUUGUCUUGUGCUGUUGGAUGCUCCCAGAAACACCUUUUUGGCUCCUGUCAGAAGAAAGAUAUGAAGAUGCACAAAAAGUAAUUAAUAUAAUGGCAAGAUGGAAUAAAGUAAGUUCUCCCUGCAAAGUUUCUGAACUGUGCUCAGUCCAACAAGAUGAUCCUGUCAGUGGCAGAAUGGGUGACAAUGACACGUCCUCAACAAAGAAGCACAACAUCUUGGACCUGUUUUGUAACUGGCACAUUGCAAGAAGGACCAUCACAGUCUGGCUCAUCUGGUUUACUGGGAGCUUGGGGUACUACGUCUUCUCCCUCAGUUCUGUCAGUCUAGGAGGCAAUGAAUAUUUAAAUCUCUUUCUCAUAGGUGCUGUGGAGUUGCCUUGCUAUAUCAUUGCUUGCAUUGCGAUGGACAAACUGGGAAGGAGAAACACACUCAUUCCGUUCCUUAUUUUAAGUGCAUUGAUCUGUGUUUUAAUUAUGUUCAUACCUCAGGAUUUCAAUAUAUUAAUUAUCUUAGCAAAUAUGGCUGGAAAAUUUUCAAUAGGUGUCGCCUUUGGCCUUAUAUAUCUCUACACAGCUGAACUGUACCCAACAAUUGUAAGAUCACUUGCUGUUGGAAGUGGAAGCAUGAUGUGCCGUGUAGGAAGCGUGGUUGCUCCUUUCUGUGUAUAUCUAAGAAGUAUUUGGAUUUUCAUGCCACUUUUACUUGUUGGAAUCAUGGCCCUUCUGAGUGGAAUAUUAACAAUAAUGCUUCCAGAAACACUGGGAAAACCAUUGACUAAUACUUUGGUGGAAGCUACAGAAAUGGGAAGAAAGAAGAAAAGCUGUUCAGGAAAGACUCCUCCAGCACACACUGGUGCGGCUUUAGAAAAGAUAGAGAUGUUUGGUCAAGAAACAGUUGGCACUGAGAAAUAAAGCAACAGCAAAACGGCUGUUCCAAAUUUCAAUCAUUAUAUCAUUUUGAAGAUAUUUUUAUUCCAGAAAUGUGACUCUUCCAUAACAUCUGUGCCUUUUAAUUUGUAUCUAGGCUUGCCUUUUCAAUAGAGCAAAUAUAUAACACCUUUUCCAUGUGACUGAGGUACUGCAGAAAAUUUGGUAGGACUUCUAGAUCCCUCGUCAGUCUUAUCCAGACUUGCUGUGACCAGUUGGAGUGAUUACUCUUAAUGUUGCACAUAUAUAAAAAAUAUGCCAAUUCUUUCCUUCACAUUUUCUGCAGUUAGAUUUGUAAACCCAGCACAAAGUGCCUUGUCUGCUCUCAUCCUGUUGCAGCUGACAGUUACAGGCUUGAGACUUCAAAACAUGGUAAACUUAAAUAGUUAUAAUUCAAGAAAUAAGCCUUAACAUUGCAUCAUUCUUGCAGUAAUUUCAAAGUCUAACUACUUUAUUCUUUUUUUGUCAAAUUUUCUCAUAGAAAAGGUGCCAUUGCUAACAAAGGAAAGUAUUCUGUGAAACAGCUUCUGACUGAAAAAAAUACUACUAAGUUUGCAAAAUGUGCAAACAGUUUGUAUACUAUUCAUUCUGUUGAAUGGCAAAUGUGUUUUCGUUAGUGGUUUAGAAAAAAAUUGCUCACUGGAUCUACUGCUGCCUUAGUAAGCUCUUUUUAGUUUAGGUAAAACUAAAAUGUCUGAUACUUUUGAAAGUCAUAUUCAUUCCAGACCAUUAUUUCUGUGCUCCCCUUCUCACUUACUUCAGCUCAGAUCUAGCAUCAGAUUCUUCACAACUUUCAAGAGCUACACCAGCAGCUUUGCCAAAUGCCUCCAUCAAGACCUUCUCAGUCCUCAGUGAAACAGAAUAAGUGACAAAUGGGUCUUAUUCAGUCUUUCUGCAAAGAGAUAGACUUAAUCAUUAAUUAAUGUUUAGUACACAUGGUAUCUACUCACUGUUUUUUUCAUAAAUCUGCUGUCCGCAGCUAAUUUUUUCCAUAUACCACACAAGAUCAGUUAGAAAAAUAUAAUUUAAAAAAUGUUAACUAGAGAACACUGAUCAACAGAAGAGUGACCAGUUCCUCUAGUAGUAUUAAUCAGAAUCUGUAAAUGUCCUACUCUUGUUACACCACAAGUGUGCAUCAACACCUACUUGCUGUGCAGUGAUUGUGCCAUAUGACUAUGGACCACAAAAACCAGAUAGAUAGAAACGCAUCAUUCUAGCUGCUACUUUUGUGGCUUCCUGUCCCACCUGCCCUUUUUCAGUCUGCCUCCAGACUUGGGGGGCUCUUCCUGGCCUGAGGAUCUGUAUCCUCUUCACUUCCCCACCCUUGAUUUGAGGUGGGUGCACAUGGAAGCUUCUGAGUUGUGGGGUUCAGGCAGCCAUCUUUUGCCUGAGCUGCAGCAACCCUGUCAUGCCUGGUUUGAGGUCAGCUUUUGUGUCAUCUUAGGCACUUACUCUGAUGCUAGCCGGUACAAUCUCAUCAAAACAAGUCCUCCUUGUUUAUUUCUUUGUCACAUACCCCAAAAUAAGAUAUCUAUAUUGCUGUAGGUAAAUAUUCUAUAUGCUGUAGGGCUUGAUCACAUUUUUCAAUUGUAUCUGCACAGUCAUAUUAGUUUCUUCUGAAGCCAGAAUAAAGGUUCAUAUCCCCUUAUAAAAGAUUUUUUUUUGUUCACUGCACUGCCUCAGAGUGUCAAGUAGCAUUUUGGUCCUGGUAUUGGGACGAAAUCAUAUCCUGUAUGAGUGCUAACAUGCUUUGAAGCAAGCAAAACUCAGUAAGUUUAAGUUCAGGGAAUUUCUGUUUGAUAGUUGCAUGGGAAGCAGAAAGGGAUCUUUAUGCUCCCUUCAAUUAGAUGGGUGUUCCAGUAUUUGCAGAGAAAACUCCAAAGAGAACUGCAUAGAAUAUUAUGGCUUCUGUCCAGAUGUAUUAGUUCAGCAAAAGCAUGUGCUUAAACUUACCCGUGUGAGUAAUCCCAUCAUUAUUCAGCCAAUGACUUGAAUUAUACUUUGAUGACAGAGAUAGGAUUACUCAUGUGCUGAGGCUUUUUAUUUUGCUGAAGAGCAGAGCUAGUAUUCUUCCACUGCUUUCAGAUCCCUCUCCGCUUCCCAGAGCAGAACAGCUCUCCUUAUCUGCAAGAUCUGUUGCCAGGCUCUGCAUGCCUUGCCUUAAACAAGGGUUUAACCAUGCAGAGAAAAAAAAUACAAGAAAAUAUCAUGUAAUACACUUAACAAGGAAUUGAACUGGUACUGGCUGACAUCGCAACCACCCUCAACAUCUCCCCUGCCCCCUACUCCAAGUAAUUGCAUUAUUUUAGGUUUCUUUCACACCGAUACUCCCUCUUUUAUCAGUAGAAGGUCCUAUAUUAAGCUCUCUAGUCUUGGGUGCUGAAGACAGUACAGUCUAUGCCUAAAAAGGUACUAAAGAACAAUUAAAAUUACUUUUUUUUUACUUCCUUACCUGCCAAAUAACUGAUUUCGGGGUUACCCUACUAAGAACAGGUAAUGUAUAUUAUAUGUUCCUUGGACUUGAGGCAUUCAGGACCUGGUCAUCCAUCAUCAAUAAGGAAAAAAAAAAAAAAGAAAAAACUUGAAUGUGUGAUGAUAGUGAGCAACCCUUACAGGCUAAAACGUAACGAUGAUUCUGAAGUACAGUGUAGCGUAACAGCUCUUAAUUUGGAAAGCCAGUUCUUUCUGUCACUGAAGUCAGUUGGUAUUUGAUGUUUGAUUUGUGUGACAUGAAUUUUCCUGAACUAAUCAUAUUACUUUUUUCCCUUGAAAUAAAGUUUAUUGAUCUACAGGUACACCUUUUGUGAUUUCAUGCAUAAAUAGCUUAGAGGAUGCCUGGGGGUAUCAUAUUCUUUAACUUGAAGAAGGAAAUCACUGUAGAAAAGGAAAUAGCAUGUGGUCUGUAGUCUCUAGCAUUUCUGUUUGGACAAAAAUAUGUCUAACACUAGCCAUACGUUAUAAAUGUAGUAUAGACAGGGUGAGUUGAUUUCUUUAUCUUUAAUAUUCCUAGAUUAUCUAAAUCCUCUCACAAGAAAGCACUGUGUUUGAGAACAAAUGCUUCUGGUCCUGUGGGGCAUAUUUUCUUCUGGUUGCUCAUAAAAGCAAUUCCUUUUCAUAGUUUCUUAUCUAAGUUCUUACAUUAUGUUUGCAUUUGUCAUCUCUAUCCUAGUGCAAAUUUACUUGCUGAUCAAUGUCUCUGGAGUUCCACAACAGUUUUAUAUAAGAUACUGGAUUAGAUUACUUUUCUGUCUUAACUGCUGGUCACUAUUGCAUAAUGACAGAUGUUUUUGUCCUAAAUUUGGUAUCAUGUUUUAUUAGACAGUCUUGCAGUUUGUUAAGAACAUACUUUUUGGGUACAAAUAUAGCAAUGAGAGCAAUUAUCAUUAGUUUAAUGAUAACUUCAAAACAAUAGUAAAUGCGUUGAUAUUUUGAAUUUAUAUUUUAAAACACAUGUAUUUCUACUUUAAUAACUGACUUCAAUGUCUUUGUGCAAAUUUUUAUAGUUUAAACAUCUGUGUAAAAAAAAAAUGUUAUUCUAACUAAGUGCGCUUUGUGUCAAUGCUUUGUUUGGUACUUCGAAUGUCUGAACAAGGGAAGUGAGUGAAUCCUGCCUGAAGACUGAGGCCUUUUAUUGUAAUGGCUCUAUGGAUACAGAAGACGGUCUGACAUUCCAGCUCUGCCCAGAAUAUGCAUUCUCCUGUAUAUUUCACAGCUUAUUUUUACCAGCUUCUUAUGUGCAGUCACUUAGGAAGCCUCCAUGGCAUUAGGCCUCAGCAACAUG